AUGCCAAUAAAGGAAAACGCCGCGAAUAGACUCGAGCGACGAAACUUCAAUCGUAUCAUUGUGUGUGUGCUGUUCUACUGUCAUGCUGUGGAGAGGAGUUCCGCGGCAGAGAUGCCGCACGAGUGCGCCUACCGCAGCCUCGAAGCGGAAGCGCCGGAGAACGCUGUCCUCUUCUGUAAGAUCCGCACCAUCAGCAGCCUAGAGCAUCUGUUGCAGAACAUCAGCCGGACGCACUUCGAUGAACUGAUCUCUCUGCACGUGCAGUGCAGCGAGAUUUUGUUCUUCGAGAGUACGCUCACAGCACGCGCGGAUAAAUCAUCGGGGAAGAGCACCAACUUGAGCAAAUUGCGCGAUCUCGUCAUCGACAAAUGCAAGAUACGCCAGAUACCGGCGCGCGCUUUCGAAAACUUUAAAGAUCUGAAGCGGUUGCACGUUACGACGCACAACAGUGAAUGGUCCGCUAUGACGAUGGAGCUGCACGAGCACGCGUUUUCAGGUGCAAUUUUCUACGCUUUCAGAUACGAUGUCAGCGACUGGUUGUAUACAAAGUAUGGGGUGCCUUUGUUCAAAGAACAGUCGUGCCCCAACGUCGAUAUAUUAGAUGGCAACCCAAAUCACAUUGAUUUGAAUAAGGUGAUAUUCAUUAAGAUUGUUGAUAACAACCAAAUAAAUGAUGAUCUUGGAUUUUUAUUGGAUAAAUUCAAGAAUAUAUCGUGGAAUGAUCCGCGGUUUUGGGACAGAUUUGUUGCCCUGCUCAAUUCCACCGACACUAUUAUAACCGUUAAGGGUUCCGAAAAGAGUGUUUUCAAGAAGUCGCUUCGUCACACGCCGACGUUGAGGUACACAACGAUGCCCGUUUCGAACGACACUUGCUCGAAGCCGAGCUUCACAAAUUCAUUGCAGUACAACAAAAGGAAUGACGGGGAUUCGUCGCAGAAUGAAAGUUCCCCUUCCUCCGAUAAUAACACCUAUGGCGAAGGGAACAACUCGAACAAUAGUUACAUGUCUAUCGAGAACAGGACAUGUCCGCGUUUUAAUUAUGACCUGCGGCUGUCCCCUAGUAGUGGUCACGUAUAUUCUAGGGUGGAGGACAUUUCCCCUUCCGCGUCGCGUUCCAUUACGGGCUCUUCUUCGGCUAAAGGACGCACGUAUUUCGUU